AUGAAGUCUCAAUAUUAUCGCUGUGCAAUCGUAUUCUUAUUUCAACUGGCGGUUAACAGCAUAGCCUCUCAAAACGACGAUGACCAUGUUGAUUUAUCACUCGCCAAACAGAAACAAAAAUCAAUUGCAAAUAUGAAUAAUUCCACACAUCCCAGGAUGAUACGCCACGAAGGUGAUUUGGAACGUAUGGGAUCUGAACACAAGACUUAUUGUUCAAGUAUGCCAUAUCCAAGUAUCAGUUGUCAUAUGAAUACGACGUGUGUGUAUGGAAAUCAAACAAUCGCCAUAUGCAAAGCUAAUGUGGAUUGUCUGGGAGAAAAUACAUUUGCUAAAAACUUGACUUGUCGGUUUUGUUAUCAGACAGAGUUCUGGGAAUAUAAGUGUGAGAAAAAAAUCUGUAAUUCUGCUGCUUCUCCGCCAACCUAUUACCGGACUAAUUGUACAGUGAACAGAGAUGUUUUGUGUUUGGGAAGAAGAACAUUUUUGAAAAGAUUGCGCUGCAAUUGGACAGGUGGUCAUCGGUGGUCGACUGCAUUAAUUUUAAGUAUUACCCUAGGAGGAUUCGGUAUAGAUAGAUUUUACUUGGGACAUUGGCAAGAAGGCAUAGGCAAACUAUUCAGUUUCGGAGGCCUUGGUGUUUGGACACUUAUUGAUGUACUAUUAAUAUCUAUCAGAUACCUCGGUCCAGCAGACGGUUCUCUAUACUUGUAA